CACCUUUAACGUUGCUUUGUGGCCCCACUAUUUAGUGAAAGAAGAAGAAGAAGACGGCGACGACGAAACAUGGCGGCGCCCUCUAAGAAAGUGUUCGAGGUCUUCGUGUCUAAAAUACCAUGGACUACAGCCGGCAAGGAGAUGAGGGAGUACUUUGGGCAGUUUGGAGCAGUGAGGAAAUGUCUUCUUCCAUUUGAUAAAGAGACCGGCUUCCAUCGAGGCUUCUGCUGGGUGGGCUUCACAACAGAGGAAGGACUAAACAAUGCGCUUCAGAAAGACCCACACAUGCUGGAGGGCGCAAAGCUGCAGGUUCAGAGGAACAUACGUCCAUUUGCAGGCAAAGGUCAAAUGGAGACGGUGAACAUGACUGAAGCGCUGUGAUACUGCUGUGUGGAUGAGACUGACGUGCUAUUGGUAUUGUCCGGCCCUAGUUUACUGAGACCGUUUGCUUCUGCUUCCUCAGCUCCUUGAUAUUUGUGGGAGAUUUAGACCAUUAUACCAGGGUUGGUGUAUAUAUUUCCAUUCUGAAGUAUGACCCAAGUGUGUUUUUCCUUUUGGGACACCUUAAGUGGCUUUGGGCCUGACCAUGAUUGCCACUGUUUUAUUGCACUGUGCAGUAGUAGUCAUUAUUGUCUGUGAUAGUAUUGUACUUCCUGUAAGCAUCAUGCCACACAUGAACAAUAAAUAGAAGGUUAAUGCGAACGUUA